AUGACUCUUUCACAUUGGAAUGAAACUGAAGUAACAUUCUUUAUUCUUUUGGGAUUUUCUGGCACUUUCGAGAUGCAGCUGUUUUACUUUUGUGUCUUCUUGGUCAUUUACAUCCUAACACUGCUGGCCAAUCUUCUCAUAAUCACGGUGGUCAGCCUAAAUGCUCAUCUUCAUAUUCCUAUGUAUUUCUUCCUCAGUAACUUUGCAGUACUGGAUACCUGGUGUUCAACUGCCGUCAUACCUAAAACACUUAGUUAUCUGAUCACACAAAACAAAGUCAUUUCACAUUCUGGUUGUCUCGCCCAACUGUGCUUUGUACAUUCUGUAGGGCCUACAGAAUUUUUUUUAUUAACUGUUAUGGCCUAUGACCGAUAUCUUGCAAUCUGUUUCCCUUUACAAUAUGCAACAAUGAUGAACAGCCAGGUCUGCCUUUACUUAUGCAUUGGCUCCUGGAUGAGUGGCUUCUCUACUGGUUGGACAUUGACAAUCCCAACAGCCUUGCUGAAUUUCUGUGGACCCAAUCUCAUAGAUCAUUUUUUCUGUGAUUAUAUUCCCUUGGUAAAACUUUCCUGUUCAGACACAUCCACCAGCGAGACCGUUUUCUUUUCAUUCGCUUGGGUAGUUGUGCUGAUGUCACUUAUAUUUACAACUGUCUCAUAUUCCUACAUAAUUAAAACUAUACUCCAAAUUCCAUCCAGUCUUGGUCGCCAGAAGGCCUUUUCCACAUGUGCUGCCCACCUUACAGUGGUCAUAAUAUUUUACGGGACGGUUAUCUUCAUGUAUGUUCGCCCAAGAGCUUCAUACUUCUCAAGCAAGGAUAAAAUCAUAUCUUUGUUUUAUUCUGUUAUCACUCCACUUCUAAAUCCCCUCAUAUAUAGCCUUAGAAACAGAGAAUUCAAGAAGGCUUUGAAGAGCGUACACCAAAAAUUUGUGAAAUCAAUGAAUUAUGCAAACUAUGGUUGA